AUGCCCCUCCAGUGGAUCGCCGGGGAAGGGAACCUCAUUUGCAUGCACCUCCAGAGCGCCGACUCCCGCCCAAACGACACCUUAGCUAUCGACUUCGUUCACGUCUUCGUCAGGGACCCCAGCGCUUGCAAGGAGGGGGAGGAGGAGGGGGACUGCCACCCUAUUCUGAGCAAAACGUUCAUCGUCCAGCCGGGCCAAACGAUGGCCUGCCAAGAAGUGAUCGUUCCCCACCUCAGCGCCACCCGCCUCGACCUCCUCUUCGAUGGAGAAAUCGGCGGGGUUGACCUCAGUGCUGCCCUCGGGGGGAAAGAGGGACAGAAGGUGAUCCGAAGUGUUGACCUGCUGACGAGGGGUAACGUGACCUUGCUUCAGACGGACAAGGUGAUGUACAAACCGGGUCAGGAGGUCAAAGUUCGGGUGCUGAGUCUGCACGGAGCCGAGCUGCUGCUGGUCACGGAGGAGUAUCCCGAAAUCUGGAUAACAUCGGCUUCGAAGUCUCGUGUUGCACAGUGGAACAACGUGGCCAACUCAGGUGGUCUCGUCCACCUGUCGUUCCAGCUGGCCGAUGAACCCGAGCAGGGUCUCUACACAAUCUCCGUGAAGAAUUCUCAAAACGGUGUGACCCAGACGACGUUCGAGGUCAAAGAGUACGUGGUGCCCCGGUUCGAGGUCAAGGUCACCUCCCCGGCUUAUAUUUCAGCCCGAGACGAGACGUUCAGCAUCGGCGUGUGUGCAGAGUACACUUUUGGGCAGCCGGUACGAGGCAACGUCACUAUCGGGGUUUCCAAUGAAAAGAAUGGUCGAUGCCAGACUAGGCUUGUGAAAACCGAGGAGAUCGCCGGCUGCAAGGACUUCCAGUUCACAACAGAAGAGAUGCGUGUCAUAGACUGCACUGUCCGAAACGUGGCUGCCGAGGUCGUUGUGGAGGAGGAGGGAACAGGUGUCAGGCAGACGGGGAGAGCAGACAUCUGGAUCAAGAACCGACAGUAUGAAUUCGAGACUGUCUAUAAAGACAAGUACAAGAAGCCAAAUUUGCCUUACAAGAUAAAGACAAGGCUGACCUUCUUCAAUGGCACUGCGGCUGAAUGGGUGCCAGUGGAGGUGUGCGCGGCGGGGAAGUGUGCCACACUGACCACGGAAGAGGAUGGCAUCAUUGAAACUGUGAUCUCGGCGAAAUAUGUCGAAAGUAUUAAGAUGUCAACCUUGAGUGCUCGAGUCGACAUGCAUGAGGCCUCCCUCGAUCUGUACGUCGAGCCCUUCUUCUCGCCUUCGAACUCCUCGUUGGCCAUACAAGCGCCUGGAGGUCAGGUGAAGUGCGCGCCAGGUCAGAAGACGAGACUCAAUCUCCCUGUGUUGUUCUCUGCCAAUAACCAGUCACGGGCUAGUAUCCACGCUCAGAUCGUGUCUCGCGGAAAGAUCCAGAAUUCCUGGACUGAAGAGGUGUCACUGAACGCGAGCGAGCUGCCCAUCAACCCGGACCACCUCAUCGACGCAUCGCCGCCCACCAACCCGUCGCCGCUCAUUGUCACGGGCGUAUUCAGCCUGCAAGUCGUUCUCCCACCCACGGCGUCGCCCGAAGUCAAGCUCCUGAUUUGGUACACGCGGGACGACGGCGAGGUUGUGUCCGACUCGGUCCAGCUGGAUGUGGAGAAGUGCCUCGGAAUUAGUGCCAACCUCGCGUGGUCAGAGGCACGGGGCCAGCCGGGGGAAGAGGUCGAACUGUCGCUCGAGUCAGAACCUUAUGCUGUCUGUUCCUUGGGAGUGGUGGACCGGAGCACCGAACUGCAAGCGGGAGAACUCUUCUACCAGUCGGCCGCGGAAAUCCUGCUGGCCAGCCUCGACCGCCGACUUCGCUGGAGCCGCUUCCCCACGCAGGUCGACGACCAGAAGUACUGCGCCGGGAGGGACUUCGAAGGCGGUGUCGGCGACGUGUGCCCAAAGACUGUAGUCAACCUCUUCUGUGAAAUAACGUUAGAAAUUGAAAUAAUUAAAAAGAAACAAAGACAGUUUAACCGCAGAGUCGAAGGUCCUUCGCAUUCCGUCGGAGAGUACUUCUAUUCGAGUGAUUACGUCGAUAGUCUCAAGAUGUUUGACGAUUCUAGUCUUUUGGUGGUUAGUGACAUGACUCUGGAAACUCGACCUUGCAAAAGAACGGCCAUCCGAGGUCAGAGGAAGAUCAGAAUGAUGUUGGAAACAUCGAUGCACUAUAUUUUAGCGGGCGAGAAUCUGAGAGAGGCAGAGGAGGCCCCGGGGCAGGUGGGGGGCGGCGUGAGGGCGCGCUUCCCCGAGACUUGGUUGUGGAACUUGGUGGCCGUGCCGUCCGGUGGAGCUGUGGACCAGAAGCUCGCUCUGCCCGACACGAUCACGGAGUGGGUGGGGCAGGCCGUGUGCGCCCACGCGGACAAGGGCGUGGGGCUGUCCGAGCGGGCGUCCAUCACCGCCUUCACGCCCUUCUUCACCGACCUCACCCUCCCGCCCUCCGUCAAGCGAGGCGAGGUCCUCCCGGUCAAGAUUUCGGUUUUUAAUUAUCUUCAUGAGAAUUUGCCGGUGAGCCUAAUCUUGGAGGAGAGCCCCGACAUUGACAUCCUCGUCGAGAAGAGAAAAGGAGGCAAGGAGAGCGCGGACGACGCCCUCACCGCCACAGGACCCAAGAACCAGAGGACGACCUGCCUCAAGCCGCAGGACAAGGCGGUGCACACGAUCAGGAUCCGGAUGCUGUCACUCGGUGAUGUCAAGCUGACAGUCUCUGCCCACGUGGACUACAGCAUCCCCCUGCCCUGUGAGGCUGGGUCGGAGAAGGUCAAGGGGAGAGAUACAUUGAUCAAGAGUAUCAAGGUGGAGGCGGAGGGCUACCUGCGAGAGAAGACUUGGUCUCGAUACAUCUGCGCGAACGUGUCGACCGAGAGGAAGGACGUCCAUAAAACGUGGAAAAUCUCGGCUCCCAGUAACAUCGUGCAGGACUCUGACCGCGCUUGGGUCACGGCGGAGGGUGACCUCCUCGCCCUCUCUAUCGAGAACCUGGGUUCGCUGAUCCCUAUGCCCUACGGAUGCGGGGAACAGAACAUGGUCACCUUCGCUCCCAAUGUGUUCAUAAUGCAGUACCUGAGGGCGACGGGCCAGGACACGCCGGAGAACACGGAGAAGAUACUCGAGUCUAUGAAAAUUGGCUACCAGCGGCAGUUGCUCUACCGACGUAUCAAUGGCUCCUACAGCGCCUUCGGGAAUGCUGAUGACUCUGGCUCCACUUGGCUCACUGCCUUUGUCCUCAAGUCCUUCGCUCAGGCCAAGGAGUUCAUGUCUAUCGACAUCGAGGCUCUGAACCAAACAAGAAAAUGGCUUCUUAGAUCGGAGACAGAAGAUGGCUGCGUCGUACCGCAAGGAAAGGGCAUUCAUAAAGCCUUGAAGGGAGAUGCAUCGGACAAAAAGUCAUUGGUCCCCCUGACAGCUUACGUUCUGGCAGCCUUAAUCGAAGCAGGAACUCCAUCGAAAGCGUCUUUUGUCAAGCAUGCCACCCGUUGCCUCCUCUCUGACAAGUCGAACGACCCUUACACUCUGGCUCUAAAGUCCUACGCCCUCACCCUGGCUGGAAUAUCCAAAGGGAAAAAACUCCUGCACCAGUUGAUCGAUCUCGCUGUUGUGAAGAAAAAUGCGAUGUACUGGCAGGCUGAAACUGCCUGGGGCAAUUCCCUUGCCAUCGAGACGGCCGGGUACGCGUUGCUGGCUAUGCUGAGCCACAGCCCGCAGUUGCACACGUUGCGGGAGCGGAGGGUGGUGCAGUGGCUCUCCCGCCGGAGGAACGGCCUGGGCGGCUUCUUCUCCACGCAGGAUACAGUCGUCGCUCUCCAAGGCAUGGCGAAAUACGAGACCCACAAAGAGCAAAAGACACUGGACGUCGUCGUCACAAUCUCCACCAGGAAGUCCUCGGUCUCCCUCAACGUGACCGAGGAGAACAGGCUCCUGCAGCAGCGAUACACACUCACCCAGCUUCCCAAGAAAAUCAGAGUCAGCGUGGAAGGCCAAGGGUGUGCGAUCGUGCAGGCUGUCCUCCGCUACAACGUGCCCGAGGCCGAGCCGAGCGACGCCUUCAGCCUGCGCGUGCAUGCCGUCAACGACCCGCGCGGCGGCUGCGUCGAGAAGCGCCUCGAGGCCUGCUCCGCCUACCUCCUCCCCGACGGCAGGUCCAACAUGGCCGUCAUCGAGGUCAACCUCGUGUCCGGCUUCAUCCCCAGGAAGGACGACCUGAAGGAGGUCGUGCGGCGAAACCCCAAGGUCGUCAAGCGCUCCGAGGUGGACGGCAGCAAAGUCACCUUCUACAUCGAGGAGUUCACGGCCCAGGAAGUGUGCGUGAGUUUCCGAGCGACCCGCGAGGUGGAGGUGGAGGGCGCCAAGCCGGGAUCCGUGGGCGUGUACGACUACUACCAGCCCGAGUUCUCCGUCAGCCAGAAUUUCGAAUUUAAACCCAUGGAAAGCUGUUCAUAAUAUCAUGGCUUGGAAUAAUUAAGGAUGCCAUACUUAUAUUUAUUUUCAUGGUUAAACUGCAAUCAUUUAGGUUUUCCUGUCUUUAAUGUAUACAAAAAUGCGUGGGCUUCAGGAAAGGAAGUAUAAAUCUGUUUUUUUUCUUUUCUUUUCUUUAACAAAGAUUGUUUAUUUUUCAUGAAGUACAACAUCAAAGGAAUUCAGAAAGGAAGACAUUUAAUAAAAAUAUUGAAAAUAUGUAUUUUGUUCCCGACAUAAGUGGAAUUCUGAAAGGAAGAAUUUUAAUAAAAAUACUGAAAUAUU